AUGACCAUCAAAAGCACAACUAAUGGAGUACCUGUGCGCGAGCCAGUAAGACCAUCUGGAUCCCUGGACUCGUUCCUGUACGACGAUACCACACCUGUAAUUGGCCGAGAGUACACCGAUGUCAAUAUCGUCAACGAUAUUCUCAAUGCUCCAGAUGCUGAGAAGCGUCUUCGGGAUCUAGCAUAUAUCAUUUCGUCGAGGGGCGUAGUCUUUUUCCGCAAACAAGACAAUCUCACCAACGACCUCCAGAAAACGUUGGUCCAACGGCUGGGUGAAGUCUCUGGCAAACCCAAAGAAUCUUCGCUUCAUAUCCACCCGGUGAUGAAUAACACUGGUGAUAUGGAAAUCUCUCACAUCGACUCGGUCCAGCGAGAAGAAUACCUCAAGCAUAUCGAAGACUACAAGAUUAAUAGAAAUCAAUAUCGCGCUGCUGAGUGGCAUUCCGAUGUCCAAUUUGAGCGCUGCCCGCCGGAAUAUACGUGUUUGCGACUGACCAAACUUCCUGAGAAUGGCGGAGAUACACUCUGGGCGUCAGGAUACGAGAUCUACGACCGCUUUUCUCCGGCAUACCAGAAGUUUUUCGAGACUCUGACCGCGACAUUCAGCGGCGAGGGUUACGCGCAAAUGGCUGCCCGCGACCCAGACAACGUCAAACUUUUCCAAGAACCCCGAGGCAAUCCUUUGAAUGUCGGCUUGAAAUCCGUUCAUCCCGUCGUGAGGACCAAUCCUGUCACAGGCUGGAAAAGCAUUUUCGCCAUUGGCCCAUUCCCGAACCGCAUCAAUGAGCUCACGCCUGAUGAGUCCAAGGAGCUUUUGGCCAAGUUCAUGGAUAUGAUUGUCAAGAACCAUGAUUUGACUGUGAGAUAUAAAUGGAGAAAUCCUAACGACUUUGCUAUAUGGGAUAAUAGAUCAGUAUUUCAUACACCGACUUUCGAUUACGAUGGCCUAGGUGAGCGAUAUGGUCACCGUGCUGUUGGCAUCGGAGAGGAGCCGUACCUUGAUCCUUGUAGCAAAUCUAGAAGCGAGGAUCUGGAUGGAAACCUUUGA